GGCGGGCGGGGACCAGGACAGCAGCCCGCACCCAGAGCACUCUCGGCUCUGCGCUGCCCAACGCGCUUCCAGCCGGCUGGCGCGUCCAGCGGCCCCCGCACAGCGCGUCCUGCAGAGCGCAGCCGGACUUACACGACAUGAGCGUCCGGACUGGACACUGAGCGGUGGGGAUGAUGUCUCAGCGCGGGGCACUAGGGCCCGGUUGGGGGCUUCUGCUGGCGCUGCUGCUGGCGCUGGGCGAGCUGCCGCCGGUGGGGGCCGUCGAGGAGGAGCCUGACAAGGAGCACGAAGAAAGCCAGGGCUUCCAGGUGGUCACAUUAAAAUGGCACCACGUCCAGGAACCGUAUAUCAUCGCGCUCUGGAUCCUCGUGGCCAGCGUGGCCAAGAUCGGCUUCCACCUGUCCCACAAGGUCACCAGCGUGGUCCCUGAGAGUGCACUGCUCAUUGUGGUGGGCCUGGUGCUAGGCGGCAUCGUCUGGGCAGCCGAACACAUCGCCUCCUUCACACUCACGCCCACCGUCUUCUUCUUCUACCUGCUGCCACCCAUCGUGCUGGACGCCGGCUACUUCAUGCCCAACCGGCUCUUCUUCGGCAACCUGGGCACCAUCCUGCUGUACGCUGUCAUCGGCACCGUGUGGAACGCGGCCACCACCGGCCUUUCCCUCUAUGGCGUCUUCCUCAGCGGCCUGAUGGGAGACCUGAACAUCGGGCUGUUGGAUUUUCUCCUGUUCGGCAGCCUGAUCGCUGCUGUGGACCCGGUGGCCGUGCUGGCGGUGUUUGAGGAGGUUCAUGUCAACGAAGUCCUGUUCAUCAUUGUCUUUGGGGAGUCACUGCUGAAUGACGCUGUCACUGUGGUCCUGUACACCGUGUUUGAAUCAUUCGUGGCGCUGGGUGGCGACAACGUGACUGGCGUGGAUUGCGUGAAAGGCAUAGUGUCCUUCUUCGUGGUGAGCCUGGGGGGCACGCUGGUGGGGGUCGUGUUCGCUUUCCUGCUCUCCCUGGUGACCCGCUUCACCAAGCACGUGCGCAUCAUUGAGCCCGGCUUCGUGUUCGUCAUCUCCUACCUGUCCUACCUCACCUCCGAGAUGCUCUCCCUGUCGGCCAUCCUGGCCAUCACCUUCUGCGGCAUCUGCUGUCAGAAGUACGUGAAGGCCAACAUCUCGGAGCAGUCGGCCACCACCGUGCGCUACACCAUGAAGAUGCUGGCGAGCGGGGCCGAGACCAUCAUCUUCAUGUUUCUGGGCAUCUCGGCGGUGAACCCCGAAUACUGGAAGUGGAACACGGCCUUCGUGCUCCUGACCCUGGUCUUCAUCUCCGUGUACCGGGCCAUCGGUGUCGUGCUGCAGACCUGGAUCCUGAACCGGUACCGGAUGGUGCAGCUGGAGAUCAUAGACCAGGUGGUCAUGUCCUAUGGCGGCCUGCGGGGCGCUGUGGCUUUUGCCCUGGUGGUCCUUCUGGAUGAGAACAAGGUCAAGGAGAAGGACCUCUUUGUCUGCACCACCAUCGUCGUCAUCUACUUCACUGUCAUCUUCCAGGGCCUGACCAUCAAGCCCCUGGUGCAGUGGCUGAAGGUGAAGAGGAGUGAGCACCGUGAGCCCAAACUCAACGAGAAGCUGCAUGGCAGGGCUUUCGACCACAUCCUCUCAGCCAUCGAGGACAUAUCAGGGCAAAUCGGACACAAUUACCUCAGAGACAAGUGGUCCAAUUUUGAUAGAAAAUUCCUCAGCAAGAUCCUUAUGAGAAAGUCAGCCCAAAAGUCACGAGAUCGAAUUCUUAAUGUUUUCCAUGAGCUCAACUUGAAGGACGCCAUCAGCUACGUGGCCGAGGGAGAGCGCCGUGGGUCCCUGGCCUUCAUUCGCUCCCCCAGCACGGACAACAUGGUCAACGUAGACUUCAGCACACCACGCCCCUCCACUGUGGAGGCCUCCGUCUCCUACCUGCUGAGGGAGAAUGUCAGCGCGGUGUGCCUGGACAUGCAGUCCCUGGAACAGAGAAGGAGGAGCAUCCGCGACACAGAGGACAUUGUCACUCACCACACGCUGCAGCAGUACCUGUACAAGCCCCGGCAGGAGUACAAACAUCUCUACAGUCGACACGAGUUAACUCAGGACGAAGAUGAGAAGCAAGACAAGGAGAUCUUCCACAGAACCAUGAGGAAGCGCCUGGAGUCCUUCAAGUCGACCAAACUGGGCAUCAACCAGAACAAGAAGGCGGUCAAACUGUAUAAGCGAGAGCGUGCCCAGAAGCGGAGAAACAGCAGUAUUCCUAAUGGGAAACUGCCAAUGGAGAACCCCAUACACAAUUUCACCAUUAAGGAAAAAGAUUUGGAACUUUCAGACCCAGAAGAGAACCCCAACGAUGCUGAUGAGAUGAGUGGGGGGAUUGAGUUCCUGGCGAAUGUCACCAGGGACACAGCAACAGACUCGCCCUCAGGAAUUGACAACCCUGUGUUCUCCCCGGAUGAGGACCUGAGCAUCCUGUCCAGGGUGCCACCCUGGCUGUCUCCCGGGGAGACAGUGGUGCCCUCCCAGAGGGCCCGCAUGCAGAUCCCCCACUCUCCCGACAACUUCCACCGCCUGGGUCCCUUGCGCCUCAGCAACAAGUCCGUGGACUCCGUCCUGCUGGCUGAGGGCCCCAAGGAGCAGCCUGACACCACUCCGCCUGAGUCCACGCACAUGUGACACGGGCUCUGACGUGCCGCUGACAGGACGCACAUCCCCGCGCGAGGUACCGCCCGCCACCGAGAAGUCCCUGCGCCCGCUCGCUCCGCCCCCGGCCCCGCCCACCGCGCACAACCCGGCUCCCGCAGCUCUUCCGGACCUCGAGCUGGGGGCGGGGCCGCCAUCGGAGGCGGGGUCUGCGUCGGGAACGUGGCUGGAACGCCGCGGACUGCCGGGCGCACACGCGCGGUCGGCGGCGGCGCGCCGUGUGCACAGCCGGCGCUCGUUCCAGCGGCCCCGCGCGCGCCGCCGCCCCGCACUGCUCAAGCUUGCGUCGCUGCAGCCCUCGUGCCACGCGCCACCGCACGGGCUGGAGCAGGAGGAGACGCCGCUGUGAUCUCCACGACUGCCAUGGUGCCCCCUGCCGUGGCCUGGGGCAGCCUUAGGCACCCCCCCCUCCCACCCUGCCCCGCAGAGUCUGGGUGGGAUCGCCAGCGGGGGUCCAAAUAUCUGCAAGGUCUGAACCUUGAAAUUCCUUGGCGCCAUUUGGAAAGGAGACCCUGGGGGGCAGGAGGUGGACAGUGGCCGAGCCUCCAGCUUCUGGGAGGUCUUGGCAGGUGCCCUUGUAAGGCCGCCUCGUGGAUCCUUCUGUACACCUGACCUGGUUUUGAUCUGAGCUGGCACUUUUUACUAUUCCCAUUGUCACUCCUGACUCAGGGACUGGAAGGGCCCUGGGACCACAGAGCCCAGGCUCCGUGUUUGAGUUCUUGCACUCUGUCCAUUCUCUCAACAACACUGCCAGGGAAACCGAGACAAGCAAAAUAAUAUCUGCCCACAAUACCAACUUGAUUCCAGUCCCAGGCUGGCCACUCUCAGGGCCCUAGGUCAGAAGCCCUGACUCAGGAACAAUUCAUAGGCCGAGGGGUUGGGGCCGUGGUUGCCCUAGGCCCUGUGUGAUAUCAUGUCCACUUACCAGCUCUGUGAACCACCUGUCUCCUUAUGGACUGGGUACAAUUGCAGAAACAUCUGUUUGUUCAUUCUUUUUGUGUGGAGACUCCCAGAGCCUGGCACUUGUCCUACCUGGAUUUCAGUGUGGCAGCCUCUGGGUACCAGGUGUCCUGUGCCCGAACACCUGCUCUCUGGCUUGAGUUGUCCCACUUGACACUGACAGAUGGCCCAGGCUGGAUUAGAGGUUGCACUGGCCCCAUGGGUGCACCCACACAGCCCCAGCUAAGUCGAGUGGGGCCUUCAUUAGCAAGCAACUUUUGUUCAGACUUAGAGCCUGUCCUUAAGUGGACCUGGGCCAGGUGGUUGGUCUGACCCCACCUAACACAACAGAGGGAAGCUGGUGGAAGCACUGCCCUUGAGAGCUGCUGUUUCAUGGGAGAGCUAAGGGGACUUGGAGAGGGGCUCAGACCCCUGGCCCUGGGGCUGUUGCAGACCUCCUGCCACUCCCUCUGAGGUUUCAGGGACGGUGGCUCCUCCUGCAACCUCCCACCCAGCCAGGCCUCUGGAAGGAAACCACUAUCUGACUGUCCUAGGGGAAGCAGGGA